AACGAUGUUUCGAUGUAUCGAUGUUUUAAUGUCCGAUGUUUUUGAUUUCGAUGGGUUUUGAAGAAACAUCGAUACAUCGAACCAUCGAUGUUUCAUUUCACGAUGUUUGCAUCCCUAUCUGUGAAUGCAAGGUCCUCAUCCGCAAAAUUCAUCAAUCGGUAUGCCGAAUGACUGGUAAAGAAGUCGACAACGUUGAAACCGAAUAUACGCUUGAUGCAGCUUUGGAAAUGGACGAAAAAUUUAAAUGCGACGAAUUUGCUGCUGCAACGAAACAAUUCGUUUUGAGACUAAAAGGUACCUCAGAUAGUGUACAUGAUGAUGAUAGACUUGUUUAUUUAUGUAACUGGGACUGUAGGGGUGGGAAGCAACCUCUCUCCAAAUUCCUGCUAGUUUUCAACAUUUUAUACGAUAAAUGCUGUUUUUUUUUAUUUAAUAUGGAUUGGCAACAUUCGAAAAACAAGGAUUUAUAGGAAGAGUAAAGCUGAGGAGUGAAUCAUUUAAAUAUUUAACAAUAAGUUAUAUGUAUUUAUUAUAUUACUAAAAAUAAUUUUUUAAUACACUAAAUUAUAAGACAGCAAUGUGAAUUAUGAAUUGAAUUCAAAAUAACAAAUUAACAAUGAAUUAUUUAUUUUAAUUUAAACUACAAUGUAAUUUUUGUUAAAAAGAAUUUGAGAAAAAUUAAAU